CUCUUCCCCUCUCUUUGUCUCUCUCUAUGUGUGUGUGUGUUGUGUGUGUAAAUGUAAAAGAAUUGUUUUGACUUUAAUUUCAUGGAUUUUACAUGGCGUAAGACUAUGCCUUUUUUAUUUUUUUGUUUUUGAGUGAUGUAAUAUUUUGUAUGUCUCUGUGCGUUUCUGUCAUCGUUUUGAUCGAAUCUAUAACCAAGCUUAAGCCGUUGAGUCUUUUUUUGGGUUUUUGGGAAAGAUGUUCGGAGAUUGUCAAGUGAUGUCAAGCAUGGGUGGUGGAAGUGGGAUUUCAUCUGAAUCCAUCUUUCCUAACUUCAACUUCAUGCCUUUCACCGAUUUUUCUUUCGUCAUCCCAAAAGAAGAGAUGGAAAGCAUGGUGAGAUCAGGAAAAGAGGAGAUGGAAAGCGGGUCCGGCAGCGAACAGAUUGAAGGAGGAGUGUCUGGAAACGAACAAGACACCGAUCAACAACCCCCUGCAAAGAAAAAACGCUAUCACAGACACACCGCUCACCAGAUUCAAGAAAUGGAAGCAUUGUUUAAGGAAUGCCCACAUCCAGACGAUAAGAGAAGGAUGCGAUUAAGCCAAGAACUUGGGCUUAAACCACGCCAAGUCAAAUUCUGGUUCCAAAAUCGGCGUACCCAAAUGAAGGCACAACAAGACAGAGCGGAUAAUGCGAUUCUUAGAAAUGAUAAUGACAAUUUAAGAAAUGAGAACAGUCGUCUACAAAGUGCAUUACGUGCCCUUGUUUGCUCUAAUUGUGGGGGUUCAACGAUAUCUUUUGAUGAACAGCAACUUCGAAUGGAAAACGCUCGCCUCAAAGAAGAGUUGGAUCGUAUAUGCCUUAUUGCGACUCAAUUCUGUGGGAGUGAUCCAAUGCAAGGACAAGGACAUGGUCCUUUAUCUUCAUUGAUGACCUCUAAUCUCGACUUGGAUAUGAAUAUGUAUCCCAGAGCAUAUGAUCAAGAGGGAUUGCCAAAUUGCAGUGAAAUGUUACAGAUGAAUCCGUUAAUGGCAUCUGAAGGUCCCAAUUUUGCUGCUGCUAAUGGGUUAAUCAUAAUGGACGACGAAAAACCUCUUGCAAUCCAAUUUGCAUUAUCGUUUAUGGAUGAAGUGGUUAAGAUGUGCAGACUUGGAGAAUCACUUUGGACCAAAGUUAAUGAUUCUGGCAAAGAAGUACUUAAUCUCGAUCAACAUGCCAAGAUGUUUCCAUGUUUUAUUAGCCAGAAAGGUGAUCCGAAUGAGUUCAGAUAUGAAGCCACUCGCGCUAGCUCGGUUGUGAUAAUUAACAGUGUCACCCUGGUUGAUGCUUUUCUUGAUGCGGAUAAGUGGAUGGAGUUGUUUCCCUCAAUCAUCUCGCGUGCAAAAACGCUUCAAGUGGUCACUUCUGGUGUUAACGGAAAUGCAAACGGUUCCUUACAACUGAUGUAUGCGGAGCUGCAAAUGCUAUCACCACUUGUGCCAACAAGGGAAAUUCAUUUCCUUCGUUAUUGUGCACAAAAUAGCGAUGAUGGAAGUUGGGCAAUCGUUGAUUUCCCACUAGACAGCUUUCACGAGACUUAUCAAGCCUCCCUUACUAGAUACAAACGUCGCCCUUCGGGUUGCAUCAUCCAAGACAUGCCUAAUGGCUAUUCAAGUGUUACAUGGAUUGAGCAUGCUGAGGCCGAGGAUGAGCCUGUUCAUGGGAUAUUCACUGAUUAUGUUAGCAGUGGGAUGGCAUUUGGAGCACGAAGAUGGCUAGCUGUUUUACAACGCCAAUGUGAGAGGCUCGCAAGCCUUAUGGCGCGAAAUAUAUCUGAUAUUGGAGCGAUAUCAUCCCCGGAAGCAAGAAAGAAUUUGAUGAAUUUGGCUCAGAGGAUGGUAAGGAUGUUUUGUCUUAACAUCACUGGCUCGUGUGGGCAAUCGUGGACAGCACUUUCGGAUUCAGUGGAGGACACAGUCAGAAUAACAACUAGGAAAGUCACUGAACCUGGUCAGCCCAAUGGCUUGAUCCUGACUGCGGUUUCAACAACUUGGCUUCCUCAUCCUCACUAUCAAGUCUUUGAUCUUUUGAGGGAUGAACGCCGGAGAUCUCAGCUUGAUGUGCUUUCAAAUGGGAUUCCGUUACAAGAGGUGGCUCACAUUGCAAAUGGCUCUCAUCCUGGCAACUCUAUCUCUCUCCUUCGUCUCAAUGUGGCUAGCAACUCAUCACAGAAUGUUGAGCUGGUGCUUCAGGAGAGCUGCACUGAUGAUUCUGGUAGUCUUGUGGUAUACUCAGUUGUUGACGUGGAUGCAAUCCAGCAUACUAUGAGUGGUGAAGAUCCAUCGUGCAUCCCACUUCUCCCUCUAGGAUUUGUGAUUGUUCCAGCAGGACAAAACCCUAAUGACAACAUCACCUCCACCACCACCACCACCGGGAACUCAACUGAAUCCGGAGGAGGCUGCCUAUUGACUGUCGGACUACAAGUGCUGGCCAACGCCAUACCCACAGCAAAACUCAGUCUCUCGAGCGCCAACACAGUAAACAACCACAUACAGAGUACAGUGCAACAGAUCAUCGCCGCCCUUGGUGGGGUUGCCGCCGGGAACGGUAACAGUACUGGUGGCGGCAACAGUGGCAGUUCUGAUGGAGAUAAUGUUGGUGGUUUUGACGAGCCAGCAACAAGACCAAUCAAGAAAGUCGAUCUCAGCCCAACUUCAAAGGUUAAUUAAACUAUUAGUUAACCAAAGAAGUGACUGUUAUGGUUUUCUUUUCUUUUAUUUAUUUAUUAUUUUUUUUGAGUCAAAAAAAACAUGCAUGGGUGUGGUUUGUGUAUUGAAGUAGGGUAGGUUAAUUAAAAGGGUAAAAAUGUCUUUUAAGUUACAUGACAUUAUGGUGGUUCUGAAGAGAGUCAGAGUGUAAUGAAGAGAGGUGGUUGGUAGGUAGAGAGGGUCUGCAAAAUCAAUCAAUGGAAGGUGGUGGGGGGAAGAAGGUGCAUGGUAACGAGGGUAGUCAAGAGCGCACCAGAUAAGUUCCUUGGGUGACCUUUUUAGGGUUUCGGGACUAAACAGUCAACAGCAAGGAUAAUGGUUCGGGAAUUGACUUUCUUUGUUUUUUUAUGGUUUGUAACCCCCUUUGAAACCAUUUUGGAAAUUUGUUAAUUUCCAUUGAUCAGAAUAUUUUUAUGGACUUUAUAAUAUAUAAAAUAUUUCAAAUUUUCAAA